CAUCAGUUGUUUCCUAAUAUAUCUAGCCAAUCUCAAAAAGCCCUCACUAAACCCUCGAUUCUCUACGUUAACCAGUCCGAUCAGAUGAGAAGUAAAAAAGGUCAGAUAUAUUAGUUCAUCUGGCUCCAUCGAUGGUUAACUUGAGUAAUAACCAGGUAGCUCUGGAACCCAAUUCCUCAACGACCGGAAGAAUCUGCCAGAGACGCAAGAGUUCGCCAGUUUUGGAAAUCCGGUGCGAUCCAUGAUUCCCAUCUUGACAAAGAAAAAAGAAAAAAAAAAGGAAAAGCUGAGCCGAGUGACCCACGGGCACUGGGCAGGCGGAUUUGGAUUCCCGAAUGGGUAUGAGACACUCGGACCGAGCUCGGAGAAGCUAUCAUCUGGGCCAGGAACCGACAACCCUAGAACAACAGCAUGCAUCCUUUUGAUUUACAGUCUGACCGCUAACCUCCAUCUGCGACGGAAACCGGCAGUCCUGUGUAAUCGGCAUCACGUCUAUGCCGCCGUCGUGGACCGUACGGGCAAAUUACUCUAUUCGGUCGGCAAUCCCAUGCGGAUCACGCUGGCAAGAUCGACCGCAAAGCCGGUCCAAGUGCUCGCGGUGCUGGAAACCGGGGCGCAUGAGAUCUUCAACCUGGACACUGGCGACAUCGCGUUGAUAUGCGCGUUGCACAGCAGCGAGGACAAACAUGUGGCCCGGGCCGCGAACAUGCUCGCCAAAGCGCGGGCCGGCGAGGCGGACCUGCGCUGUGGAGGCCAUGCCUCCCUGUCCGAGACCGUGAAUGCGAACUGGGCCCGGGCAGGGAUCACCCCUACCGCCAUCCACAACAACUGCUCCGGCAAGCAUGCGGGCAUGAUCGCCGGGGCACGGGCGCUGGGGACCCGGAUCGAGGACUAUCAUCGCCUGGAGCAUCCGUUGCAAGGCCAGGUCCGCCACGCGAUCGCCGACCUGUCCGGCCUCGACCCCAGGGAUGUCGUCUGGUGUAUUGACGGGUGUAAUCUCCUAGUACCCGCUCUUCCGCUGCAGUAUCUCGCGACGGUGUUUGGUCGCCUCGCCGAAUCGGCCGAUGAAGUCCAGAGGAGUCUGGACUCGGGUUCAACCACCGCCAGGACGCGACACCUGCACCCGGAGCUGGUCGCUGGACAGGGGCGCUUCUGCACCACCCUCAUGCAUGCCUACGGGGGCGCGGUUGUCGGUAAGCUGGGGGCGGACGGCUGCUACGGGGUUGCCCGAUUGGCAUCGCGGUCGAAAUCGAAAAAUGGCAACAUUGGCAUGCUUUACGCGGCGGUCAUGGAGAUACUGCAGCAACUUGGCAUCGGGACGCCGGAGAUCUGGCACCGGCUGGCGAGAUUUCAUCAUCCAAAGCUCGUCAACACUGCUGGUGUAACGACGGGGUCUGUGAAGUUCGAUUUCAAAGUACAGAAAGCACUCUAG